AUGGAAGAUCACCGGAAAAGGUAUUAUGAUCUAAUAGAUCAUUCUGUUAGCGUUGUGGUGAAUUGCGAAAAUGACCCUCAAAGGUUUGAUAAACAUGUUAGUCAAUUAAAUGCUGUCGUCUCGACAUAUGGACUUAAACUUGAACAGUUCAACUUGUUGCUGGAUCAAAUACUUGACCCAUAUUCAGGGUUUAAAGUAGGAAUGAAACUCAAGCUAGUUGGUCUUUUGUAUUCCCGUGAUCUUCUGGAUUUUGACACUUUAAUCAAGAUAGUGUCAGUAUUCAAAGUUCCCAGUUACUACAAUGACAAAUCUAAAGUUAAGCUAGUGCCGAGAAAUAUACAACUGAAACUAUCGGUACUACUACUCAGAAACUUUCCUAACAUUCAAUGGGACAAAAAGAUCCUAAGACUUGCGAAUCUGCUUUUCAACGCACUAUCCAUUGGUUAUUUAAGAAUGAAUAUAGGGUUGUUUCUUGUGUACAUGCUCAAUAUUGCAAACGAAAUUGAUCCCAAAUUCAAUUUGAAAUACUUUUUCAGUAUCAAGAAACUUGAAAUUUUGAUUGAAUUUUAUGAAAUAGACUCGAAAAGCAGUCUACCGCUACUGUUACAAGCAUAUAAUUUUUUGGGGUCAGCUGCAAGGGCGGGUAUAUUUGAUAUGAUAUUUUUAAAACUUAAGGCUUUACUAAAAGAUUUGAAGAUACCAAAAGAUGUGUUUGGAAAACUCGACGCACAGUACACAGAAUCUUUAUUAAAGAUAACCAAUGACCGAUUUUCUCUGACCCGAAAUAUAGACACGUUCAAGAGUAUGUUAAUAAAUAUUAACAUAGCAAGUAUGUUGCAUUCAGUGACAAACACUAAAAAAAGAAAAUAUACCGAAGAUAUUACUGAUAAUGGCAUAAUACAACUGGCCAGUUUCAAAUUUAUAGACAUGUUCUGCCAAUCAAUUCCGUAUUCAUUCCCGCCUAACAUUAUAGUGGUCUUGCAGUAUUUUUCAAACUUGGAGUUUUCAGAUUAUGGUAAUAUUAUGUCGGAGAAUUUUAACACAACACAAUUGGGGGCUGCAUUUCCCAUUUAUGAGCCACUACUCACGUGUUUAAAAGAACAGGACAUUUUGUUUUUGAACUAUAGCGUUCGUAAACUAUUGGAUGUAAAGCAAGACAGAUUUACCUUAACUGAUGAUAUGUUCUGGCUUUUCAGAAGUAUAAACAACAUUUCACAAAUUUUUAAUGAACCAUUUCCUUUGAUGGUUGAUAUAUGUGCUGGAAAACUUGUAGCUGACUACAAAGGUACUCUGGAUCAAAAACUCAAAAUCUUACAACUCCACAGCCACCUUCAAUUUCUAGAACCCAACUGUUCAAAAUGGAGUAAAGUUCUUACAGAUGUUAUAGAUAUGACCUUCAGACAUAACAAUACAAGAAACAUGACAGCUUUAACAUUCCUAGCUUUUAAAUGGUCUAAAGACCCGCUAGAAUUCAAUAGAUUCAUCAGACUCAUCAUUAGAAAAUUCAGAUUUCGCAAUUUCUCCUUAUUGAAGGGAUUUCUCGUUCUGUUGACUUCAUUCCAGAAACUACUGCACAAAGAUAUUGAUGCACAAAGCUUAGUACUUCCUCCACAUAUUAUGGCCAUGGCAUUUUUUUCCAACGACUUGUUCCAACUGAAUAUACUAUUGCAUCACGUUUUGUUCUGCAAAGUCUACUACGCAACCCAUGGAAUUGAACAAAUAGACAAAACUAAUUCUAAAGCUCUUAGAGAGCUAAAAGAAUUGCAUAAUUCGUAUAUUGUUCAUAUCUGCCAGUGUUUAUGGAAAGAUAAGGUAUACGACCGAGAGAUAUUUUCUAUCCCAUUGGAGUUUAUUGCUAAAUUACCGACCAAAAAACCAUUUGACCUUAUAGGAAUGGACUGUAUAAAAGCAUCGGUUGGUGAUGUCUUUGGAGAUACUGAUCGAGAUACCCGAAUUAAUGUACUAAAUAAACUCAAAGAUUUAGGAUGCAACGGAAUUUACGAUUUUCUAUACAAUUCAAUUAGAUCUUUACAGACAUAG